GCAGUAGCAGACGUGCCCGCUCCCGUCUGCCUGCCUUUCUCCUUCUCACACACUACAGAGAGCAGCGCUUUGACGCACCACGCAUAGUUGGAUUAUAGUAUUGCGCGCUGGUCUCUCGCCGGGUUUCUGGCACUCAUUUUACUUCCAAUUGACAUCCCAUCCCAUCGGAAUCAUCUCCACCACUGCAGAGUGUUGAGGACGAACUUGGCGCAACCGCUGCUCUAGCGCCGGACGCGUGCUGUGAAUUAAUAACCAAAGAUAUCCUCACCUGGAGUGUGCGUUAACGGGCAAAGUGUAAUUGCUCGAAAGCACCUGGAUCACAUUAAGGAUCAAGACAUUUUCCUGAUUAGGAGACACUAACACAGACCUCGCCGCCGGAGUAUUCUGGCCACCGCAUGCCGGGGACAUGUGGAAGUUUGCGCCGCUGUAGCGCAGCCACAGACCCGGUUCAUCUCUGUAACUCAGUGGGAUCAAACUCCUACUUCACACGCUUUACGCACUCAGAGGACCCAAAUGUAAAAAAAAUAACAUUGUUUUUCUUUUAGAAAAACCAACUUGUGAAGGAAGGAGCAGAACAAACAUAAAAGAAACAGUGCGUUGCGUGCGGAGUUUGGUGAGCUCCUUCGGAAAUUCCGAGGCUUUUCUCCGUAUUCUGCGGCUCUCGUAUCGGCCACCCACUUUUCUGCCGCAGUCAUGGUGGGAGCUGUGCGCUCCGUUGGCCUUGGCCGCUCCUUGGAGACUGCACCGAGGCUUCUGCUCCUGGGGACCGUCCUCGUCCUGGUCCUGAUAAGCAGAGCAGACAGUCAGCCGUGCCCUCCUCAGUGUUCCUGCACCGGGACCACGGUGGACUGUCACGGCCAAGGACUGCGGAGCGUUCCCAGGAACAUACCCCGAAACACGGAAAGACUGGAUCUGAAUGCAAACAACCUCACUAAAAUCACCAAAGGGGAUUUUGCAGGACUGAGGCAUCUGAGAGUCCUGCAGUUGAUGGAGAAUAAAAUCACCACAAUUGAGAGAGGAGCGUUCCAGGACCUGAAGGAGCUGGAGAGACUCCGCCUGAAUCGGAAUAAUCUGGCCGUGUUUCCUGAACUACUUUUCCUGGGAACGACAAAGCUUCACAGACUUGACCUGAGCGAAAACCAGAUCCAGGGAAUUCCAAGAAAAGCAUUCAGAGGAGCUGUGGAAAUCAAGAACCUACAGUUGGACUACAACCACAUUAGCUGCAUUGAAGAUGGAGCCUUCAGAGCGUUACGUGACCUGGAAGUGCUCACUCUGAACAAUAACAACAUCAGCCGGCUGUCUGUGGCCAGUUUCAACCACAUGCCGAAGCUCAGGACUUUCCGCCUUCACUCCAACAACUUGCAGUGCGACUGUCAUGUAGCCUGGUUGUCCGAGUGGCUACGACAGCGCCCCCGCCUGGGCUUGUACACACAGUGCAUGGCCCCUCCUCACUUGCGGGGGCACAACGUGGCUGAGGUGCAAAAGAAGGAGUUUGUGUGCACAGAUGCAGAAGAAGGUCAUCAGUCGUCGUCAUCUUCCUCCUGCAGUGUGUUACAGUGCCCAGAGUCCUGCACCUGCAGUAACAACAUUGUGGACUGCAGAGGAAAGGGUCUGACAGAAAUACCCACCAACCUGCCUGAAACCAUUACUGAGAUACGACUGGAGCAGAACGCCAUCAAGGUGAUCCCAGCUGGGGCCUUUUCUCCUUAUAAGAAGCUACGCAGAAUAGAUUUAAGCAACAACCAGAUCUCAGAAUUGGCUUCAGACGCCUUCCAGGGUCUGCGAUCCCUUAACUCUUUGGUCCUCUAUGGGAACAAAAUCACUGAGAUUUCCAAGGGACUCUUCGAAGGACUGUUCUCACUGCAGCUAUUGUUGCUAAAUGCUAACAAGAUAGCAUGUCUGCGGGUUGACGCAUUUCAGGACCUUCACAACCUCAAUCUGCUCUCUCUGUAUGACAACAAGCUCCAGACCAUUGCAAAGGGGACAUUCUCCUCACUAAGAGCAAUACAAACACUUCAUUUAGCUCAAAACCCAUUUAUCUGUGACUGCCAUCUGAAGUGGCUGGCUGACUACCUGCAGGACAAUCCCAUUGAGACGAGUGGCGCCCGCUGCACCAGCCCUCGGCGGCUCGCCAACAAGCGGAUCGGCCAAAUCAAGAGCAAGAAGUUCCGCUGCUCAGGUAAUGAGGAUUACCGCAGCAAGCUUGGAGGUGACUGCUUCGCCGACCUGGCCUGCCCUGAGAAAUGCCGCUGUGAGGGCACGACGGUCGACUGCUCCAACCAGAAACUGACCAAAAUCCCCGAUCACAUUCCUCAGUACACCACCGAGCUGCGUCUGAACAACAAUGAGUUCACGGUACUCGAGGCAACGGGGAUCUUCAAGAAGUUGCCUCAGCUAAGGAAGAUUAAUCUGAGUAAUAAUCGUAUCAGCGACAUUGAGGAGGGGACUUUUGAAGGAGCUUUAGGGGUCAACGAGCUGAUUCUGACCUCCAACAGACUGGAGAACAUACACCACCGCAUGCUGAAGGGACUCGGUGGCCUCCGCACACUUAUGCUGAGAAGCAACAGGAUCAGCUGUGUGAGUAACAGCAGCUUCGUGGGGUUGAGUUCUGUCAGACUCCUUUCUCUCUACGACAACCAGAUCACCUCCAUGAACCCCGGCGCCUUCGACACACUGCACUCUCUCUCCACACUGAACCUUUUGGCCAAUCCCUUCAACUGUAACUGCCACCUGGCCUGGCUCGGCGAUUGGCUGAGAAGGAAACGCAUCGUGACUGGGAAUCCUCGCUGCCAAAACCCUUAUUUCCUGAAGGAGAUUCCCAUCCAGGAUGUGGCUGUUCAGGACUUUGCCUGUGAAGAUGGAAACAAUGAGAACAGCUGCUCUCCUGUUCUGAGGUGUCCAGCUGAGUGUUCCUGUCUGGACACUGUGGUGCGCUGCAGCAACAAAGCCCUCACCACGCUGCCCAAAGGCCUCCCAAAAGAGACCACUGAACUAUAUUUGGACGGAAACCACUUCACUCAGGUUCCAGUGGAGCUCUCCAAUUACAAACACUUAACGCUCAUUGAUUUGAGUAACAACCAGAUCAGCACGUUGUCCAACCACAGCCUCAGUAACAUGUCCGAACUGCUUACACUAAUCCUGAGCUACAACCGUCUGCGGUGCAUACCAGUGAGGGCGUUCGAUGGGCUCAAGUCUUUGCGUUUGCUAUCUCUUCAUGGUAACGACAUAUCCCUGAUUCCAGAGGGAGCCUUUAAAGACCUGUCUUCACUUUCUCAUCUGGCUCUGGGUGCCAACCCUUUGUACUGUGACUGCCACUUGCAGUGGCUGUCCGACUGGGUCAAGAGCGGCUACAAGGAGCCCGGCAUCGCCCGCUGUGCUGGGCCCGGUGACAUGACAGACAAACUGCUCCUCACCACACCUUCCAAGAAGUUCACCUGCACAGGCCCAGUGGAUUUGAGUAUCCAGGCCAAGUGUGACCCCUGUCUGUCCAACCCCUGUAAAAAUGACGGCACAUGCUCCGGUGAUCCUGUGCACUACUACCGCUGCACUUGCCCCUAUGGAUUUAAGGGACAAAACUGUGAGGAGCCUAUUCAUGCCUGCAUCAGUAAUCCCUGCCAGAACAGUGGAACUUGCCAUCUGAAGGAAGGAGAUGGAAGCCACUUUUGGUGUGUGUGUCCGGAGGGCUUCGAAGGCGACACGUGUGAGACCAACAUUGAUGACUGUGAGGAUAACGACUGUGAGAACAACUCCACCUGCGUGGACGGAAUCAACAACUACACCUGCAUGUGCUCACCAGAAUACACAGCUGCUACCAAUGAGGUGGAGAGAGGGGAGUUGUGUGAGGAGAAACUGAACUUCUGCACCCCAGAGCUUAACCCGUGUCAGCACGACUCAAAGUGCAUUUUGACCCCUCGGGGAUACAAGUGUGAGUGCACUCCAGGGUAUGUAGGUGAGCAGUGUGAGCUGGACUAUAACGACUGUGAAGAGAACAAGUGUCAGAACGGAGGUCACUGCAUUGAUGCCGUGAACGGAUACACCUGCAUCUGUCCAGAGGGAUAUAGUGGGCUGUUCUGCGAGUUCACUCCCCCAAUGGUCCUCCCUCGAACCAGUCCCUGUGACAACCACGACUGCCUAAACGGAGCUCAGUGCGUUGUUGUGGGAACAGACCCACGCUGCCAGUGUCUCCAUGGAUACGAGGGCGAGCAAUGUGAAACGCUCGUGAGUGUGAACUUUGUCAACCGGGAGUCCUACCUGCAGCUUCCCUCCAAUCUCCUCUCACCACAAACCAACAUCAGCUUGCAGAUUGCUACUGAUGAGGACAGCGGCGUCUUGUUGUACAAGGGUGACAAUGAUCACAUCGCAAUGGAGCUGUACAGGGGGCGUCUCAGGGUCAGCUACGACACUGGAUCCUACCCGCCUUCUGCAAUAUACAGCGUGGAGACGGUGAAUGAUGGUAGUUUCCAUUCUGUGGAGUUAGUAGCAGCUGACCAGACGUUGUCACUGUCCAUUGAUGGCGGACCACCCAAAUCCAUUAGCUCCAUCAGCAAACAGUCCACGCUCAACCUAGAUUCCCCACUUUACCUGGGAGGAAUGCCAGAGCAGGCAUCAGCUUCUGGCGGCCUUUCUGCACUGCAGCUCAGCUCCGGAGGCCGUAACGGCACCAGCUUCCACGGAUGCCUUCGUAACCUCUACAUCAACGGAAAGCUCCAGAACUUGGGAGCCGGGCAUGACCAAAGCUCUCCAGGUCCAGGAACUAUGCGGAGCUACAGACAGUGGCUGGGAAACGGGGUGGAACCAGGCUGCCAGCCGUGCCAGAGAGGUGCCUGCGUCCAAGGCGACUGCCACCCAACGGGUCACCAAGGUUUCACCUGUACCUGCCAUCCUGGGUGGACAGGGGCUCUUUGUGACCAGCAAGUUAGCAAUCCCUGUGAUGGAAACAAGUGUAUUCAUGGUACCUGCCUUCCAAUCAACUCCUACUCCUACUCCUGCGUUUGUCAGCCUGGUUUCGCUGGUGUUCUCUGUGAUGUACAGGACCUGGAUACAGCUAACCCCUGCAGCCUGUCUCGCUGCAAACACGGCAAAUGUCGAGUGUCAGGCCUGGGUAAAGCAUACUGCGAGUGUAACAGCGGAUACACAGGGGAGGCAUGUGACAGAGAGGUGGCCUGCCGAGGGGAACGGGUCAGAGAUGUCUACCAGAGACAGCAAGGCUACGCGGCGUGCCAAACCCAGGAGAAGGUCUCCCGUCUAGAGUGUCGAGGCAGCUGCCCGGGGGGAGCAGAGGGACAGGGCACCUGCUGCACCCCCCUCCGUAGCAAACGCAGGAAAUACACCUUCCAGUGCACUGAUGGGUCUUCUUUUGUCCAAGAAGUGGAAAAGGUUGUCAAGUGCGGCUGUACAAAGUGUUCUUCGUAAAACAAAAGAGAAGUUGUUUUUUUGUUUUUUUUUGACAGAGCUCCUGCCAUCCUUACCUGAUCGCUCAUCUGUUCGUGUUCCCUGUGAGGAAACUCUCCACACCCCAGGAGUAUUAUUCCAAUACUCCUGGAAUAAUACUCCAGGAGUAUUAUUCCCCAGCACCCUGAUUUUUUUUUAAAAGCCCCCAAAAAAGUAAAAGAAAAAAAAAGAAAAACACAAGAAAAACAAAUAAAAAAAAUAGCUACCUUUCCUGUCAGUGCUGGACUGAUGACCGAUGCUUCCUCUGGGGGAAUUUUGAAUUGUAUUGUAAAAUACAAAAGCAGACUUAUUUUUAUUAUGAAGUGGGGAAAAAGACAAAAAAAGAAAGACUUUGUUCUUCAUCUACUUCUUUUUGUUGGUCGUGAUAGCUCCAGUGGUGCCACAAUGUUUUUAUUCCCUGGAGAACCGGCGGCUCACCACUUUACAGUAGACGUCCUGCGUCCCGUCUCUGAGUUGUGCAUCUUUUGGAGUAACUGUAAAUGGUAGUACUACAAACUCACCACUAGGAGGAGCUGCCUUAAAGCAUGGCACGGAGUGGGCAGCGAUUACCCCCCACAUACACACAAACGCAACUCAGAAACCACCACAGGCUCCAUCAGCAGACCUGCUGAAUCCUCUGUGACUGUGUGCAUGAUCGUACACACAGCUGCUUUCAAUCUCCUGGCUCUUUUUGCGGCUACUGAACAGCACACCACACACCACACACACACAGACACACGCAUGCACCUGCAGAAAAAAACUGGUUAACUACACAGCUCUCUGUUUGUGUACCCCCACCCCUGCGUCAUGAAUGACAAGUAUUUAUUGUAUCAUAAAUACCUGUACUUAUUCACUAGAUCCCCAUGUAUCAGCCUGAGUCUUUUAAUAUAUAUUAAUUUAUAUUUGUCCUUAUUUUUGUAUUAAAAAGACAUACUCUGUCAAGAUAGCUGACUAACAAAAAUGGUGUCCUUUAUUUUUGGUGUAAGAAAAGUUUUGUUUUGUUUUUGAUCACUGAAACUUUUGUGCUUGCCAGAGACCUUAGUUACAUUUUAAUCUGCAAAUGUGACGUGAAGACAUUGUAUAUUUUUGUCGCGUUUCCUGAGAGUUUGUACUGUGCCAUUACCAGAAGGUUCUUUAUAUUAGAGUAUAAAUGUAUAGAUUUCCCUACCUAUGUACUCCACACAGACUUUGUGAGUAGCAUUGACCCUAGCGGAUGCAUAGAGAACUCUUUUUACCUUUUUAACAAAUUUAAAACAUACUGUGACUUUUUUCUAAAUGAAACUACUUUGUUAGCCCCUUUGGUCUCAGAUGUUAACAUGUUGCUGCUAAGUUUUUUGUACCGUAGACUUGGAUCCUGAUCUGUAUGUUAUAUAGAGCUUCCUGCUCCUUCCUGUUUGGGGCUGCCUUGUGUAACAGAUGAAUAUGACCCCUCACUCCUCCAUCAACUCCUCUCCACAUGUGCAUUGUGCUUUUUAUUCUCCCUCUCUCUUCAUCCCUAGACUAAUGUCAGUUUCCUGACUGAUGUUUGUUUAUUAAACACAAUAUUUACCUCACAUUUCUCAUCUUUUCCCUUCUCGUUGUCAAGCUCUGUGUGAGAGAUCAUCCCUGCAACUCAUCGAAGACAAUUAUUACAAAUUGGAACCCUGGUAGGAUUUGUUAUGUUUGGUUUUAUUCUCACUGUACUUCUUUUUCAUCACCUGUUAAAUAUUUUCUUUUGUAACAUUAAAACAUUUUACCCUGUU